AUGUUGAAGAGUCAGCUGCCACCAAUCAUUGAAGGAGUUAUUCUGCUGCUGCUGCUGGCCCUGAGUGCUGGGAGGAUGUCCUUGCUCGUGCCUCCUCUGACUGCUGGGAGGCUGCUGUCACUCCCCGCACACCCAACUCUUGCUGCUGUGCCGAUGCUGCCGACUAAACCAUCAAAGAAAAGAAAAACAAAAGAAAAACGUGGAAGAAAUAGAACAGAGGUUUUGGAAAUAGCUGAGCAAGUGGAAGAAUUGCAGAAAAGAUGGCCAGUGGCCUGGGGGAAGCUGGAUGAAAAUAGCAUAGGAGUUGUGACGCCAUAUGCCAAUCAAGCCAUGCGAAUCCGUGCAGAGAUGCAGAAAAAGGAACUUAAUGAUGUCAUUGUUGAACAGGUUUUGAACAUACAAGAUAGACAAUUCCGAGUCCUGUUUCUAAGCACAGUCAGAACACGGCACACCUACAAAGAACCGCCAGCAUCAGUGAGACGAAGAGAUGCUCACCUUGAGGAGUCCACUGAAGACUUGGAGUAUGGAUUCUUUUCUAGUUAUAGAAUGCUGAAUACCGUUCUCACCAGGACACAGUCCCUUGUGGUUGUGGUUGGAGAUCCGGUAGCUCUUUGUUCCAUUGGCAAAUGUCGGAAAAUUUGGGAGCAUUUCAUCUUCCUUUGUCACAAAAAUGGAAGCCUCCACGGAGCCACCUUACAUGAGAUCAAGACACAGCUUGAUAACUUGGAACUCAGCAGAGGCUGUGUGCUCAACCCUCUGGCUCCUGAAUUCAUCCCUCGAACCAUUCAAAAUUUUACAGCUUUUACUGGCAGACUCCAGGCAUCACCAGCAAAGACUUGUUCCCAGGUGACCUGGUUGGGAUACCAGAGCAGAUUAGCAUUAGACCCAAGGUUUGUGGCUCGUCAGACUGCCAUGGCAUAUAAUUUCAAGUUGUUACAGACUCCAGGAAGGCUUUCACCUGGUCCUUAUAACCAUGGGACUUCGACGCAUCAAUCGCAAAUGGACAGAGAUCUGGAACAUGCAAAGUCUGGUAGAGAAAGGAUGACACCAAGAUCAGAUUUGGGAUCAUUUUGGACGCCGGGCAGAAAGAAUAAUGAUGUGAGAGAAAAGGUUCAAGGUGGCCCUGUAUGGCUUUCUGACAACUUGAUGAAUGUGACUUCGAAUAUGAAGUUUAGUCCUGGUCACAAGAACAUUCAUGAUCAGUCCUAUUCACAGUUGAUAUCACAACAAGGCUUUUGCUCACAGAAUAUUCAGAGUCGACCUUUUAACCAGCAAGAUCUGUGCAGUCCCCAAAAACACCCUACAAUCUCUCCUGGACAGACACCAGGUCACUCUUGUUAUAUCCAGGCUCAGGCAGCAUUGCCACCUCAGUUUGACACGAACAACAGAGGUCAGGUUUCACCCCGCAUUGCAGUUCAUCACCAACUGCCACCUGCUUCAGCAUCCAGCCCAACCAAUUUCUCCAAGCACCACGGAGCUCAACAUAUUCAUUUUGAUGAACAUGACCACAUCCUCCGAGGGCAAGCUCUCUUGGGCACAACAAAUUCCUUGUUGAAGUCCCAUGUUCAGAAGAGUAAUCGGCUCCAUUCCAGACUCAACCAAUGGACUGAACACAGCUACUCAAAUCCAGUGCCAAAAUUGCUUGACUGUGGUGGUGAUAUGGACUCUCCAAACUCUCUCAAAUCUCAAUUUCAGGAAUAUGCUUCCAAAUUCAAUCUGCAACCCUUCUAUAGUCACAUAGGCGAACUACAUGGAGACAUCCCAGUAUUUGUGCAGAAAAGCACAGAACAAUCAUCAACAUGGAAUCAGCCUCGAAGCCCUGAGUUAGCAGAGAUGCCACCUCAAUCCAGGCUACUUCAGUAUUGCCAAAAUCAGUUACAGAAUACAGGACAACAAAAUGCCCCUCAUCUCUUUGAUAGGAUGGUUAAAGACCCUCCAAAGUACCCCAUAUGUAGCCUUUAUCCUUUCCUAUCUUCUGAGCUACCACCGAACAAUUGUUACCCUUUUCAUCUGCAGAAUCCUCUGCUCCUGGACUUCACUCAGACAUCUCAUGCUCCCUUGGCACAGAAUUAUGGGGGAGAAACAUCUUCAGAUCUAUUGGAACAUCAUGCACUGGAAACUAUAAGACACAGCCCAAACUCUACAGUCUUAACCGACAAAACAUAUACAGGGCACCAUUAUCAUCAGGAGCCAGAGAUAUCCUAUCAUUCAAAGACAUUUCAAGGAACAAUUGAGGCUGAAGUCCGAGUGUCAGGCAGACCACUGUAUCAGAGGCAUUCGGCAUCCAGCCCUCUGGGAGCAUCUCCCAUGGAAAGCAGCCAGGGUCCAAGUCCAUACUGCAGCCCCGAUCAGCAGCUAUCACCUGUCCCAGCCAAUCAGUUGCCAGGGGAUCCAAAUGAAGAGCUUUAUAACACCAUCAGUGGUUACAAUAUCCAGUCACCCACACUGAGUCCAGAAAGAAUUGUAUACAAUGGACAGUUUUUAACAGGCCAUGGCGCUCCAAGUUUUGAGACCGAGGAAGAUGCUGGUUGUAAUAAAGGUAGUCCUAACGUAAAUCCCCUCACACAGCCCAACCAACUUCACUACCAGAGUCCAUCCAAGCCUGUAGAAGGCAAAGGAGCUGCCUCUUAUGCCAGUGUUCUUCGAGCUCCACCCAAGACCAGAUUGAAGUUGUCUUCAGAAGCAGAUAGGAAACCUAUUGAUCCUAUUUCUAUAUUGCAGGACCUGAGUAAGAGGUCAUCCUUAAACGACAGUGGCUACUAUUCUUAUUUUGAAUAAUUGAAGUAGCAGAUUACGAUCACAUGAUUUAAUUUACAAUGCACUUCUCAUUGUUUUCUUUUGAGACAUUAUUGUUUUUCUUUAAAACCCUUUUUUGUAAGAUAUUAUUGCGUGCACAUAAAGAUUUCUAUAGAUGCUAUAUUGGACAUGUAGAAAGCUGUCAUUUGUGAAAAUGUUUCUUUUUACGAAAGCUUUUCAUCUCUGCUUAUUUGCACAUGAAGAUGAUUUCUGUUGAAAUGGGUGUUGUGAGUUUUUGUGGGGUUUGUUCUAUUUAUUUUGUAUUUUUUUGGGAGGGAAAAUGUUGUACCAAAGCUUAAUUUAGACUUUUAAUUUUGCUGGUGUUUGAUUUUGUACUAAUAUGAGCGUGACACAUGAUGCAGCCCUCUUCCAACCAAAGAGGAAAAUCAACCACACUUCUCAGAAUCAGUCUGCCAUAUUCAUAAAGAGCAUGGUUGGAAACUAAUUGAUGUGAGAGAGAAGCUAAGCCCAUUAAUAUUACUGUAAUCAGUGUUUCAAAGAUCAAGAGUAACAUUGCAAGAGAAACACAGUGAUAUUUUAAAUUCUGUUUGUUUUCUAAAUUUUACAAACUUCUGUUCUCACUGAGCUUUGUAUUUAUGUUACGGGGUGAAUAUGCUCUAUUGGAGCUGUAAUACUGUCUUCCGUCGUGAAGAUAUGACAUAGCAAAUGUGAUGAGCUUUUAGCACUGCCACUUCUGACCUUUUGCAUUUUCAGUGUUCUUUUGAAUCUCAGUGUCCAAGUUAUAUAUUUGACAUUAUCCAAAGUCUGUAGUGUUUCUCAAUUCUCUUUAUGUAGUAAUGUAUUUAAUAUGGUAUUUAAAAACAAAUCUUGACUGCAUUCAGCAUUUGUAACUGUUGUAAUUUUUCAGUUGCUAAGCUACGCUAUGAUUUCUUAAACUGCAUGGUGUCCACCUUAAAUGGUAAUGACCUCCUUUCUUUGAAUUUUUAGUUACUUUCCUCUGUUGCACAGAAAGUCUAAUUCAAGACUGUAUCGACAGUUGUAUGCUUCCAAUUUACUGACAGCUCAAGCUGUUCACUUCAAGAAGCUAUGCGGAAAAAUGUUUGAUUCUGGCUAUUUUAAUCUUGCAUUAUUUUGGCGAAGUUGUCGCUAUUUUUGUUAUUUAUUGUACAUAAAACAACUAAUUAAAUAUUUUGGUGAAAAAAAAACAAAA